AUGGUUGAUAGGUUCAAUCACAAGUGUGGUGAAAUAUAUUCACAGGGAUAUGUGUACAUUUUCGAUUUCAAGUCAACAGUAUUUUUGAAUUUGGCUAAGGAAAAUCCUCUAUGCAGGGCUGCUAAGAGGCGGAUUCAAGUUUUGAAGUUUAUUAGUGAGAAUGAAAAAAGAGAUUGCUGUGAAUGGAAUGGUGUUACUUGCAAUGGAUUUACGGGUCAUGUCAUAGGACUUGAUCUUUCUUCGAGUUGUCUUAGUGGAACCAUCCAUGCUAACAAUAGCCUCACAAAACUUGUUCAUCUCCAAAGACUCAACCUUGCUUUCAAUGAGUUGAAUGGCUUUCCACUUGGAAAUAGUAUUAGUGAACUCACUAGUUUGACGCAUCUCAAUCUUUUGGAUUCUGGAUUUCUGAAAGGGAAGAUGAUUCCACCAGGAUUAUCCAAGUUGUCUAAGUUGAUUUCACUUGACCUCACCUGGAAUUUCAUCCAAGUUGGCCAAACAACCUUGAGAAGUUUUCUGCACAACUUAACCAACUUAGAGGUACUGUUGUUUCGCAAUGUGCAUGCACCAUUUGAGUUACCUAAUAAUUUUCCUUCUUCCCUUAGGAAACUAAGUCUUGAGGGCACCGACAUGUUUGGGAACAUAACUGAUUCUCAGCUUUUUCAUCUACCAAACUUGCAAGUCCUGAGAUUGGGAUGGAAUCCUUUAAUAACAGGCACUUUGCUGAAUUUUAAUUGGAGUUUCAGUAAAAGUAUUUUAGAGUUGGACUUUUCCCAUACUGGUAUUUUUGGGAAGGUACCUGAUUCAAUUGGUAAUCUCCAUUCUCUUUGCUAUUUAGAUCUCUCUUCCAACAGUUUAUCUGGCUCGAUUCCAGAAUCCUUUGGCAAUCUCACUGCAGUCACAGAGUUGACGCUUACAGGUAACAGCUUCACUGGCUUGAUUCCGAAAUCCAUUGGCAACCUCACUGCAAUCACACAGUUGAAGCUUUCAACUAACAGCUUCACCGGAACUGUUCCCUCAUCUAUCCGAAAGCUGAACAAACUUCACUCCUUAUCUCUCUCUCUCAAUAAUUUUGAAGGCCCGAUUCCAGACAUCUUUGCCAACUUUUCAGAGCUAGAUACUUUAGAUUUUAAAAGAAACAAUUUCACUGGCCCAUUCCCCUAUUCAAUUGCAACCUUGACACGCCUUGCGAGUUUAGAGUUGCAAAACAAUUCACUAACUGGUCCACUUCCCUCUAAUAUAAGCGGACUUCAAGAGCUGUAUAAUCUUGAUUUGUCCUUCAAUUAUUUCACUGGCACAACACCCCCUUGGUUAUUCCUUCUUCCAUCCUUGCUUAAUUUAUAUGUUCAACACAAUCAAUUUACUGGAUUGCCAAAUGAGCUUAAGAGAAGUUCUUCAGAUUUCACUGAUGUUAAUCUUUCAUACAACCAGUUGCUUUGUAAAACAAGAAUGGAGUUCAACGGAUUUGUGGUCGCUUAA